AUGUCGUCUGUCAUGGAAGACGACAAGAAGCGAGGCGUCGUCUUUGACGCACCCGUUGCUGCCAAAACAGAAGUCGGCCAAGAGACGUCUCUCGAACAUGUCAUGUACGCAGACUUUGCUGGCCGCUCUACGCAGUGGAAGAAGGAACAGGAGUCGAGGCUCUUGAAGAAGAUUGACCUGCGCCUUAUGCCGCUCCUCACACUCAUCUACCUGCUCAACUAUCUCGACCGAGCAAACUUGGCCCAGGCCAGACAGGGCAGCCUAGAAAAGGACCUGGACAUGACGGGUGCGGAUUACAAUCUUGCUACUUCCAUCUUCUUUGUAGGAUACCUCUUUAUGCAGCUUCCCUCCAAUAUCCUCAUCACAAAGGUCCGCCCGUCGAUUUACUUGGCUACUGUUGUGACUCUUUGGGGUGUUGUCUCGACAUGCAAUGCGGCCGCGAAGAACCUGACGCAUCUUAUCAUCGUUCGCUUCUUCUUAGGUUUUGCCGAAGCACCCUUCUUCCCCGGCGCCGUUUACAUCAUGUCGUGCUGGUACACGAGAGCCGAGCUUACACGCCGCGUUGCCUGGUUUUACACGGGCAGCUCGCUCGCCAGCAUGUUUGGCGGCUUAAUUGGCUAUGGCGUUCUCAAGGAUCUUGAUGGUGCCGCUGGUCUUUCUGGCUGGCGCUGGCUGUUUAUUAUUGAAGGCAUUGCUACCAUUUCCGUUGCCCUCUUUGCUGCCGUCAUUUUGCCUGAUUAUCCCAAAACCUCCAAGUGGCUCAGCGAGGAGGAGCGCGCGUUCGCCUGCUGGAGGCUGGCCAAGGACAUCAAUGCCGACAAGGAAUCCGACACGGCCAAUAUCCCCAAGGGCCUGAUGGCUGGUGUCAAGCUCGCCUUCCAGGAUUACCGCAUCUACCUCUUCAUCGUCAUCCACCAUCUCAACAGUUUGGCAGCAACGAUUACUUUCUUCUUUCCGAGCAUUGUCGAGACUCUCGAUGUUCCCAAGCUGACGGCUUUGCUGCUCACUGUCCCUGUAUGGUUUACCACAUUCCUCGUAUGUGUUGCUGCCAACUUCACCGCGGCCAAAACAAACGACAAGUCCAUCCAUAUCAUGCUCUUGACAGCUGUUGCUGCUGUCGGCAGUGUAGUCCUCGUCACAACCACAAGCUUCGCCUCGCGGUAUUUUGCCAUGUUCCUCGUUCCUAUUGGCUUCUCGGCUAGCUACACCAUUAUUGUCUCGUGGAUCUCCAACAGCUUCCCUCUGCCUGACGUCAAGCGCUCCAGUGCCAUUGCCAUUAUCAACUCCAUUGGCAACACGGCGAGCAUCUACGGUAGCUACAUGUACGAGAAGGACACUGCUCCUCAGUACCUUCCUGGUGGCGCUGCUACCGCUGGUGUCUGCGUAGCCAUCAUUAUCGUCACGUAUAUUCUGCGCCGCGUCCACAUUUGGGAGAAUAGCAAGCUCGAUGAAGCCGAAAUGGAGGCUGAAGGCGCCGAAGCUGGCAUUGUUGCUCCUCCUCCUCCUUCGCGCAUGACACCACCAGGUUACAGAUACCUGUACUAA